CCUCUCUCUUUUAGGGUUUAGGGUUUAAGGAUCUCCCAAAAUUUCGGAUUUUCUUUUGAUAGUUUCGGGUUUCGAAGUUGUUUUUGUGUGUUUUUGGACUCCCUUAUGGUCCGUGAUCAGCCGAUUUGGGAAAAUUUUCCGGGAAAUUUUCAUUCGUCAUUUUUUUUGAUAAAAUUUUUCAUUCGUCAUUAUUGCGUCAUUUUCCUUCAAUUUAGGAUCUUCAGUGAACUGUUUUGAAUCACCGAUUUCAAAAUGUUUGAUUCACUCCUUUUUCCUGGGUAAAGUUCUCUUUUUGCUCUUCUUUUAAAGAAAUUUGGGAAGGAGUCUGAAAUUCGCAUAAAAAAUUGUGGCUUUCUAAAGUUAGAAGCUUCAACAUUUGCUGGUUUUUAAAUCUAGUCUGAAUUGAUAGUCUGAUUUUUACCAUGAUUCGAUACUCACCGUGCAUAGUUAGGUGGUGCUCUAAUGGGAUAAGUACAAUUUGAUCAGUUGCUUGGAAGUGAAAGCCCAAAUUGAAUCUUUGGACCUUCUGGAGCUUCCAAUAGAGACUAAAGCAGAGCCCAGAAAACAGACAUGAAUAUCUCGCAGAGCAAAGAGAGCGAUCUUUCUUCGAAGGAGGACUUUCACGUUGACGUACUGGAGUGUACAAAACCUGAUGAGUAUCGGGUGGAGGAAGUGGUAUCCGAUGAUGCAAUCAGCUCUUCUAGUUCUUUUAAUGAUUCAACCUGUGCUCCUGAUGAUUCUGAGCUUGGCAAUGAUGAGGCUCAAUCGAUAUUAUGCCAGGGUUACCCAUCGCAUUCACUCUGUGAUGGGACGCAGCUUUUUCGUAUGAGGAAGAAAAGGCUAAGGGAUGAUUGGAGGGGUUUCAUUAGGCAUAUAAUGUGGCGAUGUAGAUGGUUAGAGCUAAAGGUCAAGGAAUUUCAGUGUCAAGCGAGAAAGUACAAUCAUAAAAUUGCAAAGUAUUAUCUGAUGAAGCAGUUUGAGUUGGAGAAGUUAAAAUUGGAAGGCAGUGCUGCAAAGUCGAAUCCUUUUCCUUUUCAUUCUCAAAGGGUGGGAGUUUUGAAGAGAAGAAAAAGGAAGCGGGUGGAAGAAACAACAGAUGUUGCAUCGUAUAGGUCCAGCCAUAAUCUCUUCUCUUACGCUGAAAAUCGGAUGCCAGCCAUGGCUAGCCCUCAUUAUCAUGAUUUAGAUUCUUUUGCAGACCGCAAAAGUACAAGCAAGGAGACUGAGAUUGAAGAAGGCAGUCUAAUUUCUGAGAUCAAGUUUUCUGAUGAUUUCGUCGCGGAUGCCCUCCGAAAGAUUGAUGAGGCGCGGGAAAAAGCACAAAAUCUUAAGAGACGGGCAGAUGAAUUGAUGUCUGAAUCAUCUAUAGGGAUCGUAAAUGACACUGAUCCUGCUGAUGCUGAAAAUGAUGGUUGCAGACAAGCUCAACCUGUUCAUGUAGAAGAUCUAUCAAUACCUGAGAUCGUAGCUCCCAUUCAGACAGAGAUGGCCGUACAGAACGUUGAGCAACUUAUGAUCGACAUUUCUCCAAGCUCUUUCGGAGAUGGAAGAUCCAUUUUCCCCGUCUUGGAAGAUAUGGAGGGAGAACAAGGGAUGAACGAUGAUGAAAAUGCAAUGGAAGAAGAGCUCAAAUACUUCAGAAAAGUUAUCGAUGAGAUCACAAGAGUGCCUCGAUUAUCAUCAGAAGGACAAGACCCUGAAGGUGAUCCUGCACUGACCAUUUCCACCAGGAAGAGGAAGAGGCCGCCGACUUGGAUGUCAAGAACAAGGGCAAGUAGGAGGAAAGCUUCGAUCUGAGGUUAGUACCCUUAUUAUCAUUCCAUAUUAUUAUAUAUAUCAGGCAAAAAUCCUUCCAAGGUGAUAGGUAUAAUAUGUAUAUGCUGUCCAUAUCUUAUGUCUGAAACGGAAACCCAAUACUUUUAUCAUAAGCUUUCUUGUUCUAUC